CGAACUCUCAUCACAUCUUCAUUAUCGCUACUUGCACAACAAUGGCCGGUCGUCUCACAGCAGCCUCAUGGCUCUUUUCCAAUAUUGCUUUGGCCUCGCUAGUCCAAUCCUCCCACCGACCUAGCGGCUACUGCGUGCAGCUAGACAUUCCAGUGUUCGCUACUGCACCGAGCGCAAUCUACGACAUACCCCAAGUGAACGACGAUAUCGAAGCAACGGCUUGGGCAAUCUUCGAUGCCACUUGGAGCACACCACAUGGCGUGCAGAACAUCAUCACAAAUACAACCACGUCUGACACCUUCAAUAUACACGCCCAGCUCUGUGUCCCGAAGUCUUCUGGAAAGAACGGAGUACUCCAAAUCGCCACUCACGGAGUUCAUUACGACUCACGAUACUGGGACUCCACAUAUAAGCCAGAGGAACACUCUUAUGUUGAGGCCACACUCAAAGCCGGGUAUUCUAUCCUUACAUACGAUCGUUUGGGAACUGGUCAAUCUAAUCACCCGGACGCAUACAACGUUGUCCAAGCUCCAUUGGAGAUGGAAAUUCUUCGACAAAUCACCUUAAUGGCUCGUAACGGCACACUAUACGACCUUGCAGAAAAGUCCCAGGAUGCCCUCCCAGCAUUCAAUGAGCUGGAAUUCCCUUCCAAGGUCGUACAUGUCGGCCAUAGUUUUGGGUCCUUCCUAACCUCCGCAUUCAUUGCCAACUAUGGUAGUCUGACUGAUGGGGCGAUUAUCACUGGUUACCUUCUCAGCCCGUAUCUUGGAAGCGCAGGAUCCACAUCAUUCAGCGUUGAAUACGCCGCCACAGGCUCUCCUUCAUACGAGCGACCUAGCGGUUAUGUUGUUUGCCAGAAGUCCGGAAUCCAGAACAUCUUCUUCGGCGGCGACCCCAAAACCGCGUUCACUCCAGAGCUGCUUGAUUACGCUGUCGAUAUCAAGCAGCCAGUCCCAAUUGGCGAGUUUGCAUCAGCCUUUUGGCUUAUCGGAAACUACGGUCCUUCUUUUAAAGGGCCAGUGCAAUACUUAUUGCCAGAAUUCGACUUUUACAUAUGUCGAGGAGAUUGCAAAGGAGUGGCUAAUAUGACAGCGUUGGCGCAAACUUAUCCUAAUGCUAGUGCUAUUGAGGUGGCUAUCCAGCCCAACACUGGUCAUGCCUUGCCCCUGCACAAUAAUGCGACUGCCGGUUUCCAACUCAUCUACGAUUUCUUAGACAGACAUGGAUUGUAAAUUCAGAUUCAGAGAGGAGAUGCGGUAAAGGGGAAAGAGGUGGAGGCCAAGGUUAAGGUUAAGGUUGAAGUUGAUGUUGUACGACGCGAUGGUGUAUGCGCAGUAGCAUAUAAAUGAGAAAUGGAGAUCUGAAGAAAUAAC